AUGGCGACCACUCAAAUUGAUCUUUCCAAUCUCAAAUUCAGAGUCCAGCUGAUUACGGGCGAAUGUGGGGUCCGAGAGGAUUAUACUGAAGAUUUCGGAAAUGAAGAGUUCGACUCAGAACUUGACGCUUCUGCUCCUGAUUUCAGCAAAGUCGGUUAUGAUUCAGAUGAUGAGUGGGUUGACGAGUGGGAGCCUUGGCUGAAAAUUUAUUACAUUGAGAUUGUUACCAAAGACAAAGGAAAGAAAAUAGGGAGGUUCGGCCUUAGGUCCGUCCAGGCGGUCGCACGCACCGUAUCCCAAUACGAAAAUCUUCCGUAUCGCCUCGUCGCUUCGGAGCGAGGUGGAUCUGAUCUCGAAGCGUUUGGGACAACGCUCUUUAAUGAAGCGAACCGAGGUCGACUGAGAGAGGAAUUUCUCUCUGGUCCGACAAAGGGCACUGGAGUCUUCGGAGAGGAGCUCAAUUACGGGUCCUUCGCUGUCAUUUCCAACGAUGCUCAAAUCGCAAAGGACGACUUCUUCAUCAAGCCUGAAUUUCGUGGACAAGGCAUUGGUUCGUGGGCAUUACAAGAACUGAAGAGGCAUGCAACCCUUCAUAACAUUGACUUUUUGUUUGUGGAACCUGGGGUAACAGAUAUCACAUACCAGCAGCGCAGCGACGUAGCGUUGGUAAACUCCAAACACGCACGCGUUAAACGGUUCUUCCGCAAGGCAGGUUUCAGGCGGGUGGGGACAAGUUCCUACUUCGGAUAUUCGCUUCGAAACGACAAGCACCCAUCCCGCAGGCUGGCAAUCGAGGAUGAUUGCGAACCGUUAUAG